GACGAUGGUCGCCAUGAUGUUGCUAGUACCGGUGGCACAAAGACAUGAUCCGCAUUAUCGGAAAUUGCUGUGGUCGGAACACGCGGGCACUUUGCGAUACUUGAAGCUUCCGAUAGAGAAGUUGGUGCUUCCGAUGAAAGAAUAUCUCUAUCCGGAGGAGGAGGACACAUCGCUCAUAGAAAACUAUAUCACGACACUAGUCCGCAGAAUAGUCAAGCAAACAAGGUGUCCUGUUCCUUAUGCGAUUGCGGUACAUCAUUCGGCGAUGUAUCUGAAGCGUUCGAACAGGUUGGCGGUGCAAAUGCGUGCACAAGUGGAGAAACUGUGGGACAGAGAUAUUGCGAAUACAUUGCUACACUACGUACCACCGCGAUUAAUGUAAAAUGAUGGGACUGAUGCGACAUGAUUUUAUGGUAUAUAAAUAUGAAGUGAUGGCUGGAGCAGUGGUAGACGAGACAGAACCAAUGCGAGCGUGGUUCCGAAGUAGCGUGCAACAUGUUAUAAACAGAAAGAGAGAACGAGACUAUCCCAACACGUAUGAUGAAUGGCGUGCGUA